UUUUUUAUUGAUGACAGAAGGCUAUGCAUCUUUUUUGCAGAAGAAGAGACUUGAGAUGCCCCCGGCCGUUUUGAACGCGGUUGUUGCCGGGGACCCCGUGGACGAUUUAGUGUGUGGAUUUUGCGAAGAGCUUUUUAAAAACGCUGUGAGUGUUCCGUGUUGCGGCAGGCCGUUUUGUAGGGAUUGCGUGUCCAAGAUUUUCGACGCGGAUUCCAAAAGUGAAGGCAAAUGUCUGGCCUGUGGAGCUUCUUCCACUGACCCGUCUGUCGUCAUACCCAACAGAUUCUUCAGGAAGAAGGUUGAAGUAUUCUUGCAGAAGAAUCCCAACUACUCGGCGAAGAAGACCGUUUCUGAAAAGGUGCCUGAAGAAUCUCCGCGACCGGAUUCGAGACAAGAGAGGAGUUCGCGAUCGAAAUCCCCGGGAGAUGUCGUUGCUCACAAUGUCGGACACGCGGCGUCCUGUUCUCCUAUUUCUUCCAAGUCUGGAAGUCCGGACAGAGAAUCUCCUGAACGGGAACGCGAACGUGAACGGAAGCCAUUGGAAGGUUCGGUUCCGCCACCAGAAAUAGUUCCAGUUGUUCCGCCGCCAAUGCUGGACAUGAGCCAGCCGCCGCCAGUCAUCUUGCCGCCUGUGAUGCACGGCCUGGUACCGCCGGGGAUGCUGCCGCAUGGCCCACCUCCGAUGCUCAUGCGGGAGUCCAUGUUGGGCCCGCCGAUCGUUCAGCCGUCUGUGGAAGUCGUAGACGAUCCUUUGGCAAAGUUCAACGAGUUUCUGAGAGAACAAGAGCAGAGGAAGCAGAGAGCGAGGCGACGGUCUCCGUCACCCUAUUCCGACAGGAGACGACGAUACCGAUCACGCAGCAGAUCGAGAUCGAGGUCACGAUCCCCGGGGCGCCGUCGAAGACGUCGUGGUUCCCGAUCCUUUUCAAAGUCUCCUGACUUGUCGCCGUCUCGAAAACGGAGAAGUGGUAGUCCGUCGCAACCGGGGCCGCCAGGAACGUCCCCGCAACCCCUGCCGCCGCCGCAAAUGGGAAUACCGCCCCCACAAGUGCCCUUGAUGGGACAGUACGAUUUCCAAAGACAGGUUCCUGGAGAACCUGAGCGACAAUUCCAGUUGCCGUUUACGAUGUCCCGAUCUCGAGGCGGCAUGGAAAGACGGGACAGCGAGCUCUUCGAGCGCCGGAGACCAGAAGAGCGGGAUCGGGCCAGGGAGCGUUUCGAUCGGGACAGAGACCGACGUGAGAGGGAGUCGGAUAGGGAUCGAGACAGGGACCGAGAACGCGAACGGGAACAUCCGGAUAGAGAUCGGGAAAGAGGUCGAGAGCGGGACAGGGAGAGAGACAGGGAUCGGGAGAGAGACCGGAGUCGGCGAGAUCGGGACAAGCGGGAGAAGGAUCGGGAUCGGCGUGAACCCUCUGAAAAGCGGAAAAGAUCCCGUUCGAGAAGCAGGAGCCGUUCGAGACCCCGUCGUUCUACGAGCAAAUCCCGAUACACUUCCGAGAGGCGCCGAGGCGACUCCGCAGAAAGGCGGCACGGCGACUCGGCGAAACGAGAGCCCGGGGCGGAACUCGCGUCGCCCGAGCGGAAACGCGAAGAGGAAACCCCACGAGGUCGUUCUAAAUCCCGAUCGCCGCCUUCGAAGAGAGGCGAAGAGCAGCAGCAGCAGCCGCCGCCGCCGUUGGUUGAAUCGCGUACUGAAACUCCAGCGGCGCCGAAAGACGGUCGGAGAGCCAGAAGAGAACACAGUGGUGACCGAGAGAAGGAACAGCGGAAGUCGCGUCGGGAAAAGGCGGCGGAGAAGAAGGAGACGAGUGUUGAAAAGGAUGUUUCGGGGAAAGUUGCGUUGGAAGAAUCCAAGGAUCGGACGACUGCGCUGGUGAAGGACGCGUCGCCGUCGGUUGGAAGAGCCAAAGAAGAGGAGCCGAAAGAAAAGAUGGUCCAAGAAGUCAAGAAAGAUGCUGGGGUUCGCGAAAGAAUCGAGGCGCCCAAAAGACAGGAAUUGUCUUCGCUCGUGAUGAAAGCGGAAAUUGACCCGACGGGAACACGGAAACCCACGCGUCGAGUGAUGGUCCUGCAAAAGCAAGACUCCUCGACGAAAUUGGAACAAAAACAACUGCCCGUCGACAAUAAGGUCAGAGAGAAAUCGCCGAAAUCUCCGGCCGUCGUUUUGAACAAGAUCGCCGGAAACGGCGACGACGACGAAGCAGAAGACGGCGGCGCUGCCGCGGCCGCCUCAAUCCGUCGUCGCAACAAACGGGACUCCGCAUCGUCGUCUUCGUCGCCGGAACGCAAACGAGACAAAGACAAGAAGAAGAAGAAAAAGAAGGAGAAGGAAAGAGGCAAGAAAAAGCGUCCGAAGGUGAAGUCUAAGGAAGACUCGGGGACCGAGGAAAUCAAGAGGGCGUCUGUCGAAGAGGCGGAAUUCAAGCCGGACUACGAGGACGACCCCAGCGACGCCUCUGACGACGACGACGGCGGCCACAGUGACGACUCUAGAACCGUGUCGAAGCGUCGGAAAAAGGCGAAACGCGGCAAGUCGAAGAAGAAGACUCAUCGUCGUCACGCCAAGAAGCACAAGACUCGGGACGGAACGUCGAGGAAGAAAAAGAAGCGGAAGAAGAUGGUGUCGAGUGAUGAGUCGUCUUCGGGGCCGCCGACGUCGGAUUCUUCCGGAUCCGACGACUCGUCCAAUGAUGACGGAAGUGAGGAUGAGAAGCCGGAAGACGGAUCGAGUAUCGCGGAAAAGCGGAAACGGUCUCCGUCGUCUUCUGAUGAAAUCCCCAAGAAGAAGAAGAAGAAAAAGAAGAACAAGUGAAGCCUGUGGAAAAGAUGGAAAAAUAACUGGGCGCAGUAUUUUGCUCUUCAUGGGACGUGUUUCUUCCCUUUUUUUUAAUGGAAAUAGUCCUUGAUGCGAUGGA